AUGGAUCUUCUUCCGAAAAAGUCAACUGAUUUCGCGGAUCCCGUUUAUUGGAAGAAUUUUUUUGCUAAAAGAAGUUUACCUUUUGAAUGCUAUUCGGAUCUGAGCGAGAUUUUGGAGUUGUAUAUCAAAAGACAAGAUAAGAUUCUACAAUUAGGAUGUGGUAAUUCUACAUUGGCCUCAGAUCUUUUUGAUUUCGGCUUCAAAGAUGUUCACAGUAUCGAUACAGACGAAAGAGUUAUUCAACAACAACGAAUAAAAAACAAAGAAAGAGCGGGCUUAAGUUUCGCUAAAGAUGAUGCUACAUCUCUCUCUUCGGACAGUGAAUUAUAUACGGCUUGUAUUGAUAAAGGUACUUUGGAUGCUCUUUUGCCACCCAAUCCAUCAGAAGAAGAAACUAGAACAGUUUGUAAUAUGUUCGAUGAAGUACAUCGAGUGUUGAAACCAAACGGACGUUAUCUCAUUGUUACAUUGGCUCAACCUCAUAUUUGCAAAGCGUGGUUGGAGCAUUUCAUGGCUAAGAAACAGUACAUCAUUAGAGUUCAUGAAUUCCCCACUACUGUCAGUUCUUUCCCCAUGCCUGUAUUCAUCCUAGUUGCUACGAAGUUAUUGAAGCCAAUGCCGAUGGAGCUUCCCAUCGAAUUGAAACGUGCGACCUCGGCUAAUUCCGAACGGUUCACCAAAGCAAGUCUCCUCUUGGAUGGAGUACAUGCGCAACAGGAACUUAGCAAGUUUAUAAAUCAUUGCUCGAAGAAGCUUGAAGACCCUGAUGUGCAUAUAGUUCUGAAUGGUUCUACUGGUCCUCGCUAUGCUAUACGGAUAUGCGAUAGUCCGGACGUGAAGGAAAUCAAAUCCCUUACAGCCUUUGUUGUGCCCAUCGGAAGAGAUCAUGAAUGGACUUUCAAGACAAGCGAAGGUAGGGAGGAAGUGAGGAAGCAAGUCAAAAAAGACCGUGUGAUGUUUGCUUACCUGUACAGAAAUCAGAAAUAUCCUUCUAUGGAGUCAGUCAAAGAUGAGUUGUCAGCUUUCGUGUCGCGCUUCCGUCCUAUUGAUUACAAAGAUAAAAUUGAGUUCGUCACAAUGGGAGAAACGGAUGUCAGCAAGAGAGUUGCGGAGGGGUCUUCCGAGUUUAACGGUGAUUGGGUCGUAGAAGAUGUAACCGUGGAAAACCAAAUAUACCGAAGACUUAUCUUUAUGGAGAGUCAGAACUUGAUUCAAUCAGAAGCUCUGCUGAAACGGAACAAGAAAGGAAAAUAUGCCAUCGAUUUUGAUAUUUUGACCUGCGACCAUCAUGUUCAAAUGAUAUGUGGAUUAUCGUUGUUGAACCCCAAUCUCUUUGAUGAGUGUGCCAAGGAAAAAAUGAAGUGUACUGUCUUAGGCUUAGGUGGAGGAUUAUUAGUUCAUUAUAUCCAUCGGCAUUUCCCACAUGCGUUUGUUACCGGAGUCGAUAUAGAUCCUGCUAUCGAAAACAUUGCCUAUGAGCAUUUCGGCUUACCAAAGAAUGAUUCUCGACUGAAUAUCCAGGUUGUUAAUGCUCUCGCAUAUCUGGAACAAGUCGCUCAAGAAAAAGCAGAGAAGCUAGAUGCUCUUUUCGUCGACAUUGCGGGAUCUUCUCAUGAUGAUGGUUUAAGUUGCCCACCGGCAUCGUUCUUAGAGGAUAAUGUUUUAAAAAAUAUGCACAAUUCAUUAACCCAAAACGGACUGUUGGCUAUGAAUGUUGUCACCCGUGAUCUUAAGAAGUUGGAGAGUAUUAAAAAACAAGUCAAAAAGUACUUCCCUUCACUCUAUUCCAUUAAGUUCAGCACAGAUGUCAAUGAGGUUCUUCUUGGGCUUAAGGUUGAUGUAGUUAUUGAUGUUAUCGAGUUGGCAAAACGAUUGCCAAAGAAAAAAUGGACGGAGGAAUUGAUCAAAUCGAUUCCCAAGAUGAAAAAAGUUGUUUGA